ACCCCCACCACGAGUAUCGGAUUCCUCGCCUUUAUCUUGACGUCGCGGCCGGCUGUUGUGUGGGAUGACUACUGGCGCCGCCGCCGCACGAGGUCACACGUCAUGAACCGCUUCUCCGUCUGCAUCGUCGGCGCCGGCCCCUCGGGCCUCGUCGCCGCCAAGACGCUCCUCCACAACGCGCCCAAGGGCACCUUCCAGGUCAGCGUCUUCGACGCCCAAGAUGCCAUCGGCGGCCUGUGGCCGACGUCCCAGACGGACACGGGCCGUCUGGUCCACCCGCUCAUGGUGGCCAACCAGAGCCGUCACACGAUGCACUUCAGCGACCUUGCCUGGGAUGCCGCCGCGCCACACCUUCCCCGCGCCUGGCAGGUCGGCAAGUACCUCGAACGGUACAUGGAACGCUACCUCACCGGCAGCCCUGAUUUUGAGUUGCGCUUGGGCACCCGCGUCGUGCGAGCCGAGCCGAUCCAGGACGGACGCGCCGGGUGGCGGGUGCUGUUCCGCGGCCGCGACGGCAUCGAGGAGACGCGUACCUUUCAGAAGCUCAUAGUCGCCUCGGGCUACUUUGGCAAGUCCAUCAUCCCUGACAGCCUCGCCGCCCAGCCGAAUGCCAUCCCAGUCGUUCCUAGCACUCAGUACCGCGACCUCAAGAGCCUUCUCGGUGACAAACCGCCCAGCGGCGGCACCAAGAUCUUAGUCGUUGGCGGUCAGAUGUCUGGUGUUGAGAUUGCAGGCACCAUCGCAUCUCACCUCUCCUCUGCGACCAACUCGCCUGAACCCAGCGAUAUUCCCGACGUGGACAAGUAUUCUGUCCACCAUGUCAUUCAAAGGCCCAUCUGGGUCUUCCCCUUGUACACGACCCCCGAGCCAACCACUGCUGCAGCCCCCUUCCUUCCCCUCGACUUUUCAUCCUACAACCGCAACAACCGACCGCAGCCACUGGUCAACACGCAGGGACACGUCAGCUCGGACACGGCCAAGGUGGUGCAUGGCAUCUACGAGAAGGCGCUCGGCGGCAACCAGGCCGUCUUCUCCCCGCUCCUGCACGUCGAUGGUGACACCAAGACGGAGCCGCCGUAUCUGGCCGUCAGCGACUGGUACUGCGACUUUGUUCGCUCCGGCUUGAUUACUCUUUCAAAAGGCAAAGUCACCGCGCUGGACGGCAACACGGCCGUGUUGUCCGAUGGCGGGGGCCUCAUCCAUGACGUCGCCGCCGUGGUCGUGGCGACGGGAUUCGACCCCUCCCCGUACCUGGACUUCUUCCCGAAGGACACUCUCGACAGGUUGCGCUUCUCGCCCGAGCAUACCGAACUACCCCUCGCCCUCUCCUUUCACGGAACUACGUCUAACGACCUUCACGGUCUAGGCUUCGUUGGAUUUUAUCGCUCUCCUUACUGGGGUGUAAUGCAGAUGCAGGCUCGCUUCCUGGUGGAGCUCUGGACCAAAGCCAUGCUUCUACCCCAGCCCAUGCGGAGCGCGCUCUGCACUGAUGAUUCGAUGCAGCGAACGCUGAAGCUCCGGGACGACCCCCGGCUGUCCCAAUUCCCAAUGGGGGACUAUCCCUGGCUCAUGCAGGAGUUUGCCGAGGCACUCUCCAUUGAACCGGCCGCGCCGUCGUUUGCGGGAGUACCGCUGCUGCCGCAUAACAAGCAGCCGCUAGACAUGCUGACGCCGGCACGGUACACAUCGCCGACGGACAGCGAGGAAGCCAGGGGCGAGGCGGCGAAGCUUCUCAAAAAUACCAUCGACACCACGAUUGCAGGCCUAACCUCGCCCAAGUUCGUGGCGCGCGCCGUGUUUCGCAGCUUGUUGGGCACGUGGAGGCUGGAGCGCGACCUCGUAAGUCGGCUACCAUCGCACCCGAGCGGCCAUUUCAGCGGCACCGCACAGUUUCUCCUGCGCGAAAGGACCUCGGACGGCAUCCAGUGCGCCAAAGACAGCACAUCAGCUUCAUUGGCCCGCGAAGGCGGCAACGAUAGCGACCAAGGCUUAGAGUACCUGUACGUUGAGGAUGGCGAGUUCAAAACGGAUAGUGGCUUCGGGUUUCGCGCGACAAGGCGGUAUGUGUGGCGAUAUGACGAAGGCAGCGAUACGCUGAGCGUGUGGUUCGCAAAGCCCGACGACCAGAAGCGCGCAGACUACUUGUUUCACGAGGUGGAGUUUGAGAAGUCGGAACGAGGCGGGCGAGACGCCGAUGGUUGGAAGGCCAAGGCCGGGCAUCUCUGCAUCGACGACUACUACGACGUCAAGUACAAUUUUGCGUUUGAGGCUGUCAACCUGCGAGAUUGGUGCAUAGAAUACACGGUCAACGGGCCAAAGAAGGACUAUACCAUCCGAGGGACGUAUACGCGAUGAGCAAGAUGGGAUGGGAGGUCGGGAUCUUUUGAAUAUGGAGGGCAAUUGGAUAGACGGACUGGCACUUGAGCGCAAGCAUUCUGCAGGGCGGCAGCGGACAGUAGAAACAAGACAUUGUCUGAAUUGUAGAUGCAGGUGCUGGCUCUACGUGCGGGCAACGUGUGUCUCAUGGCGGGGAACCCUGCGGCUCACUCGGAACGGAUAUGCGCCCGCCGUGGGGCGAGUUUAGGUUGAGCGUCACGCUGUCAGGGGGAUGGGGAACCUAAUUGCAAUGGACAUCUACGAAGGCGUCGAGUUUUGCAGCCAAAACCCAAAAGUUGGGGGUUUUUUUAUUUUGCGUCUCUGCUUCUCUUUUCAUAAGCA